UCCAACAUUAAUAUAAAUUUAGCCCAUCUGAGGAGCCAUUAACUCAACCAUUGAUUCACUAUCAGUAAUUCCAAAUGGAAACUCCUACCUAUACUGCUUAUGCAGCUGCAUGUCUAGCUACACUGGCUCUUUUUUUCCUUUCCAAAUAUCUCCGCCAAAGGAAACUCAACUUACCACCCGGCCCAAAACCAUGGCCAAUCAUCGGAAACUUUAACCUCAUUGGCCCCCUUGCUCACCGCUCUGUCCAUGAACUCUCCCUCAAGUAUGGGCCCAUUUUGCAACGCCGCUUCGGGUCUUACCCCGUUGUGGUGGGCUCCUCAGUCGAAAUGGCUAAGGUUUUCCUCAAAUCAAUGGAUAUCAACUUUGUAGACAGGCCUAAAAUGGCUGCUGGCAAGUACACCACCUACAACUAUUCGAAUAUCACUUGGUCCGCCUACGGACCCUAUUGGCGGCAGGCACGUAAGAUGUGCCUUAUGGAACUGUUCACCGCAAAACGGCUCGAGUCACUCGAGUAUAUUCGUACAGAGGAGUUACAUUCUCUCCUCCAUGAUUUGUAUAACUUAAGUACAGGAAAACCGAUUCUGCUGAAAGAUUAUUUGAUGACCCUGAGUUUAAAUGUUAUUAGCAGGAUGGUGCUGGGAAAGAGGUAUUUGGACGAAUCCAAGAAUUCGAUCGUGACUCCCGAGGAAUUUAAGAAAAUGUUGGACGAGCUGUUCUUGCUAAAUGGUGUACUUAAUAUUGGAGAUUAUAUCCCCUGGAUUGACUUCAUGGACUUGCAAGGUUAUGUUAAGAGGAUGAAGGUAUUAAGUAACAAGUUUGACAGGUUUUUGGAGCAUGUUCUCGACCAGCAUAACGCUAGGAGAAACGCUGAGGAGAAUUACGUUGCCAAAGACAUGGUGGAUGUUUUACUACAGUUUGCUGAUGAUCCCACUCUGGAGGUUAAACUAGAGAGACAUGGAGUCAAGGCUUUCACCCAGGACUUGUUGGCUGGUGGAACCGAGAGUUCAGCAGUGAUCGUGGAGUGGGCAAUCUCAGAGCUGCUAAAGAAGCCGGAGAUUUUCAACAAGGCUACAGAGGAAUUGGAUCGAGUGAUUGGGCAGAACAGAUGGGUACAAGAAAAGGACAUUCCACAUCUUCCUUAUAUAGAGGCAAUUGUUAAAGAGACUAUGCGACUUCACCCCGUGGCACCAAUGCUAACUCCACGGCUCUGCGGAGAAGAUUGUAAAGUAGCCGGCUACGACAUUCUGAAAGGAACCAGGCUCCUAGUAAGCGUAUGGACUAUCGCAAGAGAUCCUACUUUGUGGGACGAGCCUGAGGCGUUCAAACCUGAGAGGUUUCUCGGAAAUUCCAUUGAUGUCAAAGGACAUAAUUUUGAGCUACUGCCAUUUGGAGCUGGGAGAAGAAUGUGUCCGGGAUACAACUUAGGGCUUAAGGUGAUUCAAGCUAGCUUAGCUAAUCUUCUACAUGGAUUUAAAUGGUCAUUGCCCGAUAAUAUGACCCCUGAGGACCUCAACAUGGAGGAAAUUUUUGGCCUCUCCAUACCAAAAAAGAUUCCACUUGCUGCUGUGGUUGAGCCAAGACUUGCACCAACGCUUUACUCUGCUUGAUUUAGCACUAAUUUUAUUACUCUGAAGAAAAAACAUGCAUAUAACAGCAAACUAGACAGUCUGCAAGAAAAACAAAGCUAGAAAGCUAACAGCUGCUACUGUGAUUUAGAGGUACAUUGUCACAAGAUGAUUAGAAGCAGAGCUAGGAUUUGAAGCUUAUGAUUUUGGGGAAGGAUUAGGGUAGAAGGUUGGUAGGUAGUCGAGUGUGUGACUUCCCCAUACAGAUAGUAGUAGUUAGUCAGCCUUAUUUUUCGGUUAUUGUCGGCCUUGAUUACUAUAUGUUUUCUUAUUAUAUUGUUGUUGAUAAUGCUGGUUCUCUUA